AAGCAGAGUAUUCUAUGGAGUCUACAUGUUUUAGCUUGCACACUCGAGAUUAACGAAGCGAAGCUUGAAGUUGAUGCAUUUUCAUUUGAACAAGGAAGCUUAUAUACCUACUACAUCACAAUGGGGUCAAUGAUGGCUAAAGCUAUGGAUCAGAGCUUCCAGAAGAACAAGGAGUUUAUGACAGAAAUGCAAGUCACAACUGUACAACGUCAAAUCCAGAUGCAGAAUAAGAUGAGACAGCGAGGCAUGGCUAUGCAGCUUGCUGGAUCUAGAGAAUUGUUUAAUUGGUUAGCUUCAUUCUACGGUGUAGUAGCAGUAGCAGGCCUGGCAGGUGCUGCUAAAGGAAACAAGGCUGCUCUAGUACCUCUGAUCCCUCUCACCUUCUUGGUCGGUUAUCAAUGGGAUUAUUGCUUCAAUACCAAGGUUGAAAGAAUAAGAAAGGAAGCUGAGCGUAUCCUGAAUGAAGAACCAUCCAUCUUAGCUCUCCCUUGUGGCCUUCCAACCUUUGAGGAUAUCGAAGCAUCUAGGGCGCAGGCAUCCAAACAGGAAUAACUCUCAUAGAUCUGCUAUUAAAAGCAAUCGCUCAAGUGCUCUUCUUCUCUACAUGUUCCAAGGGUACGAGAGAGAAUUUAAAAGAAAUAGAUACAGAAAUGGUCCCUCAUUAUGCAAUAUUGAUAUGAGAGAGAUUUCAGUGAGGUUUAUUGACCCAUGCUACGUGCUUCUUGAGCAGUAUUUGAUGGGCAAAGAUGCCCACCAAUUUUAGCUAAUGUAAAGUUUGCUCCUUUAGAGCAGGUACACUAUAGUAACUAACUAUGAAAUGACUAGAACUUAUGGUCAAAUAACUUCUUCUCCUUUUCUUUUUUAAACAAUUGUAUAGAUUCAAUUAAAUCACUGAUUUAAUUGAUUUAUUACACACAAACGAUGAGGACUAUAAAAUCUGUUAUCUGAUAACCAAGAUAAUUACAGUACAUUUGGUUGGAUUAUCAAAAUCAUCUAAAUUCAGUCACUCUAGAAGUGUAGAAAUUAAAGUCUCUGACCUGUAUUGAAAUAAGCAGGUCUCAGGAUAAUUUAUGAUGUAAAUAUUAGUUUUUACUUAAUUUGUGAGAUAUGUCAUAUUUACUUCCAAAAGAAUUGUUAAUAAUUGUUAAUGAUAUUGUAUAAUUUGAAGUAUCUAUCGGAUAUAUUUUAUUGUCUUAUUGACUGAAUGAAAUGAUAAGUGGACUGCAGUCCCAUGUGUGCAGCAUCAUAGAAAAUCAUAAUCUUGGGCCUGUAACAUAAAAAGUUACAAUCAAUUCUGUCUUCCCAAGAUUAAUCGUUUCUGAUUACUGGUAGUUGUAUCUCUUUUAAUCAAUCGUAACUUUACAGUAAAUUUUAAAUCAAUUUCAUGCUCGGGAAAGAUUGGAUUCUCAAAAGAGCAGGCAAUAGAAAACUCUAUUGAAUAUAAACUUUUAAAAACAUGAAUUUUGUGUUAAAGACUAUUGCAGAAACUCCCAUUUUUAUAGAAAAUAAUUUCAGAUCAUAGUAGAUUUUAUAGAUUGAUUGAUUUGUAACCUGUAAGAUCCACCAUGAAGCUCAUUUAUGUGCAGGAUAUCAUUCAAAUAUUAAUUUUCUUGGUUGAUAAUCAUGUCCAAAAUUCAAGUAUUACUAAAAAAUGAAAUCUCUAGUGAUAUUUUGAUUAAUUACCUAAAAUGAAUGACAGGAGACGAGGUAAUAAAAGAUUAAAGGUAAAGACCAGUUAUGGUCAUGCGAUUGCAUUGUGAAAGAAACGUUGUGGAAUCGAUCACAAAAAACUGCAAGGUUCUGGAAUCAU